AUGUCUUCCGAUCGCAUGUCUUCCGGUCAACAGACGCUCGACAUUCUAUUCGAUAUGUCACAACUCCUCGGCACGCAACUUGACAAGGAAACGCUUGCAACAUGCGUCGGCAUGAUUGAGAGCGGCGUGAACCCCGAAGCACUGGCUGCCGUCAUCCUCGAACUCCGACGCGAAGCUCAGGCUCACCCGCCACCGAGUGCGACGAGCACCACAACCCCAACUGACGGUCGCGCCUCACGGCAGUCAGCCUCGCGCCCGCCGACGCGGACUGGCUCUCGCCGUUAG